CAGCGCGGGCGCCCGGAAGCGGCCGCUCAGACGGAGCCACGUGCGGCGGGCAGGCAUGGAGGCGCCCGCGGGAGCUCCCCGCUUUGAGUGCCCAGCGGAGUUCGCGGCCAGCCCCUUUGCCCCCGGGCCACCCUUCUCCGCGGAGGUGCUGCAGGACCCCUCCAAGCAGCUGCUGCUCAUCCGGGCGCCUGCCACCUUCAGUCCGGAGAGCCUGGAUGGGCAUGUCGUAUCCCUGUCAGGUCUCCAGACCCUGAAGGUGCCGCAGUCCAACAGGACGCAGAGAGUCUACAGUCUCCAAGCAACUCCAGGCGACGUGGGUGGCUCUGCCCACUUGCUCAUCCCUUCGGGCCACACGGACCAGCUCACCUGUGCACCUGCCUUCAUGGUCUCCCUGAACAUCUGGGAGAGAUAUGGGGACCCCGCCGCCAGCCACCCCCUCUCACCAGUGGCAGACAGACCAGCCCCCCAGAUUCCAGAGGGCCUUAGGCAGCGUUUCCUGCCCUUUGGGGGCCAGCUAAGGAGCCCUCCUCCUCCAGAAUCUGCAGAGAAGCCCCGGAAGAAGAAGAAGAAGAAGAAAAGCCAUUUGCUUGCUAUGGGGCCCCCCGGGGAGCAGCUCUCUCUGGUGGAUGAGCCCUGGGCAGGUGGAGCUCCAGAGCCACCUCCUCCGGAAGCCACCGUGCUUGCAGAGGAUCCUCACCCAGGAGACGGUUUGGGCAUCUCCUCUCAGGACAGUCUCUGGUUGGCCGAGGAGGCCGUCCACAAGAGCAAGAAGAAGAAAAGGAGGAGGAGGGAGGAGGAGGAGGAGACGACUGUGGGGGAGGGAGAAUUGCCGCAUCACAGCGGUGCCCACCAGCUGUGUGAAUUUGAGCCCCAGGUGCCAGGGGAGGCAGUGCCCGCUGUGGAGAGCCCCGGGACGGCAGAGCUGCUUCAGCGCAAGCCCAAGAAGAAAAGGAAGCACGGCGAGGAAGCUGCGGCAGGCGAGACCGUGGCUCCGAUGGAGCUGGCCUCCGGGAAGGAAGAGGCUGCCGCCGAGCCGUGGGAACUGCAUGCUCUGGGGGUCGUGCCAGAGGCCGGGCCGGUGUUGGCAGCAGAGGGGCCUGGGGUGGCCCCGGCAAGCCACAGGCCCAAGAAGAAGCAGCGCCUGAAGCGCGAGGAGGAGCAGGAGGCAGGGAGGCUGUGGCUGGAGCCCGGCUCGGUGAAGCAGGAGCCGCCGAGCUGGGAUGAGCCCGGGGCGUCCGCGGGCCCCGCUGCAGAGCUGCCAAGCCAGAAGCGCAAGAAGAAGAAUAAACACAGGAGGGAGCUGGCCGCGGAGGGACCGGACUUCACCCACCAGGAGCCGCAGGCCCAGCAGGGAUGAGCCCCUGGGGCUGCUUGGCAGAGGACAAAACCCUCAGUCUCGGCCUUGGCUGAGAAGCGCCACUCCGCCCCUGCUGCCUCCCUGGCUCAGCCAGCUCUGGUCUGCCUUGAACUCAGGCAGGGAGGGUGGCGGCCUCCGACUCGCCGGUGGGGGGCAGAAAGGUUCUGCUCCCUGUUCAGGCUGCAUCUGCGCCUCUGAGCGAAAUGGGGGCUGCAGCUGCACCCCCCGAAGCAGAGCCCACCUCUCCGCCCAGGGCCUUUGCCUCUGUCCCUGCCCAGUUUCCCAAGAAGCGGCUGCAUCCUCACA